GCUAACUGAAAUGGUUGCAGAGUGAAUGACAGUUUUGCAAAGCAGAAGUGAAAUUUUGUUGGUGAAAAUCAACAUGACGACCUUUGGGGAAACCAGAAGCCCCUGAAGUGUACAGAUUAAUCAGUACUCAGUUCGUCUUUUCAUCAUUUACGCUUCCUUCAUCUCAAACACUUCGAUGAGACGCUUGAGGUUUCUGCUGUUAACUGGAACAGAAGAAGUGCCUGGUUUCUGUUGGACACUGUCUCCAUGCAGACGCGUGAAACGCUUCCGUCAAAGCUGAAGAAAACUGCGGCAGAUUUUCCAUAAUGACCCACUGCAUCUGACGCACCUCUGGUUAAAAACUGCACACCAUGAUUAUCUCCAUCCCCUCCAUCCUGCUCGGUCUGGGAGGAAAAUGUCUGCUCAGCUGCGCUCUGGUGUUUCUCCAGUGGAACCACAUCUGCAAAAGCUUCCUGGGAGUUUUCAGUGUUUCCCUCGCUGUCGUCGACACAAUCCUGACCCUCUUUGUCACCACCCUUCACAUGCACGCUGAUGGAUACGUCUUCCUCCUGGGUUUGAAGCUGACCAGGUACCACGUAUGUUUGUUGGUUCAAAUCCUUGGACAGAUGUGCAAUGCUCUGCAGUGGCCUGUUGUAGUCGUGGCCGGUUUGGACCAUUUCCUCAGAGUCACUCGGAGGUUGCAACCCGUCACUGGCAGGACCACAUUCAUUGUCUGCUUGUUUGUGACCGGCCUCUUGUGGUACCUCGCUGUUCUCUACGUCUUCCUGCUGUCAGACUUGAUUCCUGUCAUGGAGGGUGUGUACCACAUCCAGAUACACCAGUGCUGGAUAAUCCACACCACUCAGAUCCUGCAGGUUUGCAUGUUUCUCCUCCUGACUCUGUGCUGUGCAGCGUUGUAUGCUGCGUGCAGCACACGAUUCUUAAAAAAUCCUCCUUUGAAAGACCAAAGCACAGACCAGAGUAGAGCUCACUCCAGAAGAGAUGUCGUUCAUCAAACCAUACAUAUAUUUCUGAAGACAUGGGCCCCGUUCCUGUUUUUCCUGGCCAUGAUCCUCCUGCUACCUGUGGGGAUACCUGCAUACCUGGGUCUGAACAUCGCCUGGCUCUGCUUCCUCAACAGCCUUCUGAUAGCGAUCGUUUUAUGUGCCGUCUGUCCAGUGUCGGAGGUAACGCAGGGCCUGGCAGCAGUUCCUCCUGACAGCUUCUGUGAGUGGACAUUUCAAUGUAUCGUGUCUGUCAGUUAGUGCACCGCUUUGGCCCAGAAUGAAAGGUCUCAACAACUGUUGGAUGGAUUGCAAUGUUUGGUAUACAUUCAUGGUCCUAUGAUAAUGAAUCCUAAUGACUUUGGUGAUCCCCUGACUUCAUAUUUAUGUGCCACGAGGUUGACUUUUGUGUUUUUUUGAGUGAAAUGUAUGAACAACUAUUAAAAGGAUUAAC